CUUCGCUGGCACUAGCUGGGGCCAUGCCCUGUGCUGGCACAGGACCACACACCGAGUGCUCCCUUGCCCGGGCUCGGCUGUGUAGACAUUGAAAAGGAGUCCUAAACCUGGUUCCUGCAAGAUUCUCCUGAGCUCACGGACUUUGAGAGAGGGCAGGCUGGGGCUUCUGGGACAGGCGAGGACCCAAGGCCCCUGGAAGAGUUGGUCCAGGGGACUGAAUUCCCAGUGGCGUCUUCACGGAACAGAGCAUGACCACACUCCUGCCGCUGCUGCUGGGGCUCAGCCUGGGCUGCACAGGAGCAGGUGGCUUUGUGGCCCAUGUGGAAAGCACCUGUCUAUUGGAUGAUGAUGGGACUGCAAAGGAUUUCACAUAUUGCAUCUCCUUCAACAAGGAUCUGCUGACCUGCUGGGAUCCACAAGAGGACAAAAUGGCCCCCUGUGAAUUUGGGGUGCUGAAUUCCUUGGCCAAUUACCUGUCAGAUUACCUCAACCAGCAAGACACCCUGCUCCAGCGCUUGCGCAGUGGGCUCCAGGACUGUGCUGUGCACACCCAGCCCUUCUGGGGGUCACUGACCCACAGGACACGGCCACCAACUGUGCAAGUAGCUCAAACCACUCCUUUUAACACGAGGGAGCCUGUGAUGCUGGCCUGCUACGUGUGGGGCUUCUAUCCAGCCGAUGUGACCAUCACGUGGUGGAAGAAUGGGCAGCCUGUCACCCCCCACAACAGUGCACAGAAGACUUCCCAGCCCAAUGGAGACUGGACAUAUCAGACCCUGUCCCAUUUAGCUCUAACCCCCUCUUACGGGGACACCUACACCUGUGUAGUGGAGCACAUUGGGGCUCCUGAGCCCAUCCUUCAGGACUGGACACCUGUGCUGUCCCCCAUGCAGGCAGUGAAGGUUUCUGUGUCUGCAGUGACUCUGGGCCUGGGCCUCAUCAUCUUCUCUCUUGGAUUGAUCAGCUGGAGGAGGGCUGCCUCCUCUAGCUACAUUCCUCUCCCUGGGUCCAAUUAUCCGGAAGGGCGGCACAUUUCCUAGAGGCAGAAUCCUACAAUUUCCACUCUGAGUAAGAAGAAGAUGCAUGGUACCAUGCCUCCCCAACAUCUUCAACCCCCUACAUUUUCGUGGAUUCUAUGGUUUCUCCAUCUUUCUCUAAAUUUCCCAGUCCCCCCUAUAUAAACCUUAGCAACUUGGGGGACUCAUUCCUGGAAAUAUUCUCUAACCAAAUUAUUGUCCAAGGCUAUAUUUCUGGGGUGAAUAUAAUCUGGGGAAGGAAAUUAAAGGCCCUCCUGGGGGCCUCACUGUGCCACAAAGGAUAGUGAGUCACUGAUGAUCGUUUCUGAGAAAUAAACUCUGGUGGAAAUGA